CUUCACCCUUCACCGCAAAUUUUCUCAAGAUUGAUCAUUCAUUCAAUCCUCCCAGAAAUAAAUCCAGGCUUUUUAUUUAAUUGCAAAUUGUAGUACUCUUAAAAAUCAAAACGCGUCUACCUUAAUGGGUAGGCUUGCUAAGGCGACCAUGGGCCGCGAGGUGCAAGUAAACAUGGAUGCUGAAAAGCGAAAGGAUUUGCUCCAUGAUCUCGAAUUAAAACAUCAGAUGAAUACCAGUAACACAGAUAUCCUGAUCAAGGAUGAGGAUGUUCGCCGAUUAAGAGUCCGAAUUCUCCUAUUACGAGACGAAAACACCUCUUUGCGUGACCAGAUAGCACAGAACAAUGAUACAAACACAAAACUCGCAGACAAGUGCGAUGGCCUGAGUGCCCAGAUAGAAGCCAAAAUGGAUGUAAUUCGCCUUCAGGAACAGCAAUUACGGAAACAGGAGCGAGAAUACACAAAUUUAAAGGCCGAGCUUCAAGCCAUGAACAACGCAAGUCAGGACUCCACCAACCUGCUUGCUGAGAAGUUAUCUCUAAGCCGAGAAUUGGCUGUUCUAAAGCCCGAGAUUGAGCAUUUGCGAUCGCAGGUGAAUCAGCAGCAAGCAACACUUGCAGAGAAAUUAGCCCUAGAACGCCAAGUCAACACCCUUGAGGUCGAACUCGCAAAUGAGAAGAAGGCAUCCAAACGAGCAAUGCAGAAGCGCGAAAGUAAUGAUCGGGUUGAGGAUGAAUUACGAAAGAACCUUCGCGAAGUUGAGAAGAAAUUGACUACGGAGAAGGCAGAGCGCGAAAGGCUUGAAGACCAGCUCGAACAAGAGAAGCGGACACGUCAAUUUGCGAUACAGGACCAAGACAGCAAUCGAGAAGUAGAAGCCGAUCUUCGGAAGAAGUUGCAGGAAGCCCAAAGACAAUUACGGCAAGAGCAAGACGACAAAGAACGAUUAGAAGAGGAACUUCAGUCUGCCAAACUCGCGGCGAAGAAGACACAGAAGAGCAAACCAAAGGGUGAUGCCGACGAUGAGUCGCGCACACAGAUUGCAGAGCUUGAAACGAAGUUAGAGGCUCAACAGAAAGAGAAUGCAAAAAUUCGCCACGAGAGUCAAACGACGAUAAGUGAAGCUUAUGCCCAGAACGACCACUUCGAGAAAAAGAUAGAGAAAUUGAAGACAAAACUACGCGAAACCCAGGAACAAUUGAAGCAGUGCCAAACAGACCUUCGAAAGGCUCAGCAAUCUCGCUCUCUAGGUUCAGACGACACCACGAAACUCGAUGGCCGAUCCCAGGUCUUUCGUAAGAGGAAACCCCAGGAUAUGGGCACAGAUGAUUUCGCUCAGAUCGAGAUUCAGACUCCCGGAGCUGAUGACGGCAAGGGACGACGUUUACUCAAGAAGCGAGGGUUGGAGCCUACGCUUCCUGGGGAGAAGUCGAUGUUUUCCAUUACACCCUUCCUAAAUCGUACCAAGAGUAUCAUGGAGGAUACUCCUAAGACCGACGAAGGAACAUCCAAUGAUUCAAUUGCCAUCGCUGCGCCAGAAACUGAAGUUGUCGAACCCACGACGGCCGUGGCAGAUAUAGAGGCAGAGACAGAGGCCCCAGCAGAAGAGACCGCCCAGAAUGAACCGGCCUCUUCCGCCCCUGUCGAAAAUGAGAAACCCAAGGUAGCUUCCAAAUCCCGUGGUCGACCUAAGAAAGUUCUUGGCGAAGCGCCAUCGGCUAAGAAGAAUGCACAGCCUAUCUUAAAGAAGUCCCUCAAGACCAAGAACAGUCUCGAGAAGGUGGUAGAGGAAGCUACCGACAAGAACCAGGAGAAUCAAGAUGAAUCUGCAGAGCCGGUGGAGAAGACGAUGACUGUUAAGUUCAACAUUGGUCUUCCGCUUGAGGACAGCACGUCAUCCAGCAAAACCGCGGAUCUACCGAAGGGCGAGCAGCCAAAGAAGAAGAAGCGCAAGGUCUUAGGUUCUACCAAGACCCUGUUCGACGAAGAAGAGGGCGAGGCACCGCCGGCUAGGAAGCCGGCCAAGGUGCAGCUAGGCGCGAAGAGAGCACUAGGGAAAGCCGCCCUAGGCGUCCAGAAGAGUGCAUUCGCCGGCUCGGUUUCCUUCUCGCCUCUGAAGAGGGACCGUAGAGGUGUCGGCGCUAGUUUCCUGGCAUGAAAUACGGAUC